CAUAUUGGCGGCUCGAUAUAACACGUACUAAUAAUAAGUUCAGAUUGGUUACGGUAGGCAUCGUAGUUGACGCGCCGAUUUUAUCGUCGUUGAAUGUCGCUACUACAAAUGUGCCAUAAACAGCGCAGUGAUCAUGUCAUAGUCAUAAUAUUGGCCGUCAUACUUAACUAUAUGUAACAAAUCGGAUAAAAACUUCAUCGUCUAAACAUAAAUGGAACUACGUGUUUUUUCUCCACUUAAUUAUAUACAUUGAAUAAAUCGUGAUUUCAUUUCUUCUUUUGAAACGAUACAUGUAAUAUCGACGCCGGGUCGGUUGUCAUUAAUUAAAAGCAAAUAUAAUACUUUCUACUUAUAUAUGUAUACAUAUAUAUUUAGUUAACAAAAUACUUAUUUGACACACGUUGAAAGUUUAUCUCGUGUUGAAUUGACUUUAUUACCAUUUAUAUCUUCAAAUAUAAUCAUAAACAUUAACGAACAUCUCUCAAUAAGUUUAAAUAAAAAUAAAUUUUGGUAGGAAUCAUUUUUAUGACAAUCUGAUUAAUUUUCUCAGUGAUUAAGAAUUCUGUGAACUGUUUAUUACUGCAAAUUAGAAUAUGUGGAUUUUAUUGAUUUAUAAAUAUUAUCGACGUAUUUAGUUGCCAGUAAAUAAUUAUCUAAAUCAAGAUUGAUCAUUGUUAAUGACUUCAUGACAAUUUGUGUUGUUAAUAACAAUGCCUAGUGGAAAUGAGCAAUUCAUUGGAUCAAGACUUUGAGGAAUUUAGAUUUUCAGACCAAAACAAAAUUUGUAAAGACGAUGCAGUGGAUGAUUUGCAAAAAUUUGAUAAACACAUAGACAAUCAAAGUACGAUAUUUUCCUUACGAUUUCCAUUAUUUAACUGUGAAGUCUGUAAAAAACAAUUUGUAACAAAAAAGCAAUUACGUACUCACAUUCAUACACAUUUAGGAAGACCACGUAUAGUUUUAAGAAGGGUUACUUUGAAAAGUGUCAAGAAAAAGAAUAGCAAUACAUAUUGGCUAGACCCAGAAAAGAAGGGUUCUUUGAAAUUAACGUUAAAAAAACAGAAUUUCAACGAUCCUCUGAAACUUAAACUCAAAAAGUCAUCAAAAUCGGAAGAUUUUACUGUUGUGAAAAGCAACAUUAAUCUGGGAACUGAAAAUCACAAUCACAGAGACGUGGCUGGCGCAACAGAGAAUGAUCAAAGACAUGAAAAAGAUACAGAAAGUUCGAUUAAUCAGCCGUUUGAAAACGUGAUGGUAGAACAACAGGAUGAAUAUGGAAGCAUUAAGUUCAACGCUGACGAACAUAAUCCAUUGGAAGAAAAUGAUAGACCAUCCAUAGAUGUCAAUGAAAGUGACUCAGGUGUAGGAAGUGAUAUGGCAAAUCCAUCUGAAAAGGAAGAUCAAAAUGUUGAUGACCUACAAAAUACAGAUCAAUAUGAUAAUUCGGAUAAAAGACUCUCUGAAACAGAAGAUCAUGAAGAAUCAGAUGCAUUGGAAGCAACAUGUAGAGAAACAAUUGAAAAUCUCAAGAAACUUGGUGAACAAUCUGGAUGUAGAUCUAUGAGUCGAUUAAUUGAUAAUGCAGGCAUUGAAGAGGAUGAUGAUAGAGGACAUGAAUCAAACAUGAUACAUGAUUUAGCAGAGAAUCCAGCCAUUAAUAUUAUUUCAAAGUCUUCUACGUUUUCAAACCACACAGCAGAUUGUACAACAGUGUGUUCUGAAGAUGAAGAUAAACCUGAAGAAUCAACCGAAAGCACAACUGGUUUUAAUUGGAAUCAACUGUCAACUAAUUUAUCGAAUAAGAAUAAUGAGAAUUCUAAAGAAAAUGAAGAAAAUGCGGGUGAUAAUAAUAUUGAGAAUGCUGGGUCCCUUUUACAAAAUUUGAUUGAGCACCAAAGACAUAAUCAAAAUGAAACCUUAUCGAAUAAUUUACCUUCGGAAACCGAAUAUGUUUCGCUUGAAAAGUUAGCUGAGACCGUUAGUACUUGUCGCGUUUGCAACGAAAAGUUUAAAGAUAUUGCUCAUUUAGAUGAGCAUCGGAGCAAAGCUGGACAUUAUCAAUGCAAUAUUCCGGAAUGUAUAAAUCUUAUUUUUCAUUCACUAUUGGAAGUCUCCAUGCAUAAAGCUCAAAUGCAUGGAACGCCCCUUUCUCCGAGCGUGAGCCAAUUGUCUCCUCAUCUAAAUACGAGUUCACCUCAUUUGAAUCAAAAUUCACCCCAUUUGAGCCAAGCAUCUCCGCAAUUAAAUACACAUUCACCUCAUGCAGUAUCAAUGGAAUCUGCAAAUACAACAAACUCGCAACAAAUAAAUAGGAAUUCUCCUUUAACUUCACCUCAUCAAACAAAUUCACCUACAUAUAACGCAGUAGCUAGUGCUGGGCAGCAAAUAAUAUCACCUGUGAAUUUUGAACAACUACCCGCACCUGUUCAACAACUAGCUCAACAAGUACAACGUAUGCCACUUCCGCAAACGCAAAUGCCUCCAAGUCUUCCACCAGGUGCUAAUACAAUGAUCCCUGGCCCAAAUUACUUUGUACAACCAUCAGGAAGACCACCGUUGUAUAGAGUUCCUGGUCCACAGGGCAUGCAUUAUCCUCCUCAUAUAACACACCUAUAUCCGCAGUAUGGGCCAGGUCCAUAUCCACAAAUGACUGCACCGCCACAAAUGCAUCCACAAUUGCCUCAGCAAAUUUCACGUGGAAGGUAUCCGACUCUUGCACAAAAUAGUCGGGCACCAAGGAUUCCACAAACGGGAUCAACACCGCGGCAACGUAUGAAACGUCCUAUGCAACAAUCAAUGCAAGUGCAGCAGAAUAACUCUGCAAUGAAACAACGACGGAUGGAUGUUUUAUUACCAGAUAGAAAUGAAGAUGCAGAUUGUCAUGUUAUUGCACAGCAAAAAAGAAAUGACGGUCUGCCUGUUAUACAAAAUGUUCAAGGUGCUACAACUCAACAAACAAAUAGAAAUGAUUCUACUAUACAUCUUACGGAUUCCAUAACUCUUAGUGUUAGACAACCAGGUUCCGCUCCAGCUCAAGUGCAGAACACAUCAGGUGCUGGGGGCAAGAAGUCUGAUGCAAAGGCUGUGGCUAAUGUACUGGCAGCCAGAGGUAUUACUGUUACUCCAGCAGCAAAUAAAAAUAAAUCAAGUGAACAAAACAAACAGCAGAUACUUCCCCAGCAACAGAGGACUACAUCUUCACAGCAGCCUUUAAAUGUUACAGCGCUCACUCUGAAUUCUGCUAUUUCUAUCAUACCAGCUAGUUCACAAAAAAAACAGCAAGAUCAGGGUCAGUUUGCUGUUCCCCACAAUAAACAAAACAAACCAGCUGUGAACGAAGUGGAAAGACCUCCGAGACCUCCCACCGUAGAUUUAACGCAAGAUACCCCACCACAAAUGCCAGUAGUUAGACGUGGAAGACCUCCACGAGCAUUAUUAACUUGUCAAGUGUGUGAUAAAAAUUUCCAGAAUCAGGAAAUGCUAACUCAACACAUGGCUACCCAUCGUGCACCAAGCAAAUUACUUCACAAGUGUAAUCUUUGUCCUGCCCAAUACCCAACAGCUCAAGCGCUAACAACGCACAAACAGGCGUAUCAUAAAGAAGUAGACACAGUAGCACAAAAUGGUGGUGCAGAAUUAGCAUUACCGGUCGUAGAUUUGAAAUCUCCCCAUGUGUUGAAUCGUUUAUCAAAUCUUGGUAUACAGAGCUACAUCCCGUUGUCACAACUAAGUGUUCAAACGGGCGGGUAUUUUGGAUUACCUAUAAUUACAAUAGACGGUGCACGAAAUCCUAAUACUUGUAAUUUAGGUGCGCUUGGUGCUACAUCUAUUCUAAGUCUGGGUCCUCUUAAACAUUUGUCAAACAGAUAUUUUCUUCGCGUUAGUUUGAAAAUUUCGUUAUGAGUGCUACAUUAAGCUCAAGAGCUGAACAAUAUUUCUACAGUAUAAAUCCUUUGGCACAAAGGAUAGGAGAAGAUAUAACUGCAACUAAGGAAGCUUACGAAGGCCUAUGGAACACAUUAAGCAUAGCAGAACGGAAUCAAGCAAUUAAUGAAACUAUCAUUCAACCAGAGGUUGCAUUAAAA